CGUGGGAGCCUUACGUCGGCACUGCGUAAGAGACAGUUACAUCAGAGCCUUGGCGGCUAGUUAUUACUUCCGUGUAAACCGUGGUUGGCAGCGCACACGAAGCUUAUCAGACAAUUUCCUCACAAAGCUCCACUAAAUCAACGUAGAGUCAACAUGUCAUCUUACGAAGAAGGGAAUGACUCGAAGUUGAUGCGGAAAGUAAAGGAGAAUCCCUUUGUUCCAGUGGGAAUGGCUGGAUUUGUUGCCAUUGUUGGACACCAGCUGUAUAAAAUGAAAAAUCGGGGUGACACAAAAAUGUCAGUUCACCUGAUCCACAUGCGUGUUGCUGCACAAGGCUUUGUGGUUGGAGCCAUCACAAUAGGAGUCCUGUAUUCAAUGUACAACCAGUACAUUAGGCACCCCAAUCAAGAGCAGAACACCGACAAACACAAGUGAACACGAUUCUUACAAUCAGAUUUUCGUGUCUUUUAAUACUCUGUCAUUUGUAGAUGUGCAUUCAGAAGCUAAACAAUGACUAAACACCAACCAAUCGCAGAACAUUCUUCAAAGUAGAACAUCAGUGGCCACCACGAGCUUCCGGGUGUAAUAUUUAGUGCUUAUUGUAGCCCUCUGUGUUUGCCCCUGCAAGCAUAGCUGGGGGAAUGCUUGUGAGGAAGUUGCCAAUACUGAUAUUUGUUUCUCUUGUUAGAGUUAAAUAUAUAAAACUAAAUUAUUAGCAGAUAAAUUUAUUACCGUAUGUAUGGCAAGGCAAAGCCCGACUUUAGUAAUGACCAUAAACAGCAGAUUCUGGAAUUCAUAUUUAUUUUCUCGUUAUUAAAAAAAACAGCUUCAUUUUUUUACAAUGUAAUUUAUGUUUUACCAAAUUAAAAACAUUGGCAUUUUAGCUUGUUCUUUUUUGCUCUUGUUUUCGUCCCUAAGGCUCCCUAAGAAAAUAUUUAACAGAUGUCUUCUCAAUGACAUAGGAAGAACUUAAUAUAUAUAUUUUUUUGGUUUUAGAUCAAGAUGCCUGUAGAAAAAAUUGAUUUUUAUUCAAGACAAUCUUAUGUACUGUAACAAGGUUUUUAAUUAUUGGUAUUUUCUCAUUUUUUGCUUCUGUUUGUUUUGAAUACAGUGCAACUGGCUUAGUACUUAAUUACUGCUUUAAUGUAGCUAAUUAUUAUUCUUUAGAAGUACAUAGAAUGCUAUUUGUAAAACUCACCUUCAUUUCCUGAAACAAAACUGAAUCUCAGCUGUGUAUUCCCCUGUAGUGUGCUUUAACUGAAGCAGUUUUUCUUAGUUUCAUACUGUAUACUCUUGGCAGCUACAGAAUGGAACUUCUACAGUUUCAAAAUUUUCACUUUUUUCUUUCAAUAAAUAAACUCUUUGGCUUCC